AUGGCUUUUGGUGAUUACCCUAAGGAAUAUGAUCCUGCUACUCAUGGACCUUAUGAUCCAGCACGUUAUUAUGGCAAACCUGAUACUCCAUUCGGUGAUGUGAAACUGAAAGACCUCUUAGCUUGGUUGGGUCGCAGAAAUAGAAGCCCUUCUGCUAUGCUUGGCGCUUGUAGCCGAGCAUGGUGGAGAUGGCAACACAAAUACAUGCAGCCCAGGAAAGUUGGCAGUGCUCCUUUCUUUCAAUUAUUAGUAGGCUGCAUGACUUUCUUUUAUUUUAUCAACUAUGGCAAAAUAAAGCACCACAGGAACUACAAAUACCACUAA